AUGAAAAAAUUUGUGAAAAAAGUAAAUUCUGCCGAAAAACUUCUUGCUAAUUACUACCAAAAAGAAAGAAAAAGACAAAAAAAUACGCUCAAUUUAAUUGCUUCCGAAAAUUAUCCCUCUAAAAAAGUUUUAACUUAUAGCGGUUCUUUAUUAAUCAAUAAAUAUGCGGAAGGUUAUCCCCAGGCUCGUUAUUAUCAAGGUUGCCAAAAUAUUGAUAAAAUUGAAGAGUUGGCCAUUGAUUUAGCCAAGAAAUUGUUUAAGGUGGAAUACGCUAAUGUUCAACCACAUUCCGGCUCCCAAGCCAACCAAGCAGUUUAUUUAGCCCUUUUGAAACCAGGUGAUAAAAUACUAAGUUUAAAUUUACUGGCUGGGGGUCAUUUAACCCACGGAGCAAAGGUAAAUUUUUCCGGAACUUUUUAUCAAGUUCAUCACUAUAAUUUAGACCCCGUUAGCCAAAAACUAAAUUACCCAGAAAUUGACCAAAUGACCCAAGAAAUUAAACCUAAAUUAAUCAUUGCUGGUUAUAGUGCUUACAGUUUAAAAAUUGAUUUUGCCCAGUUUCGUAAAAUUGCUGAUAAAAUCGGAGCUUAUUUAUUAGCCGAUAUUGCUCAUGUGGCCGGACUGGUAGCGGUCGGUUUGUUCCCCAGUCCCGUUCCUUACGCGGAUGUGACCACUUUUACUACGCACAAAACCUUAAGGGGGCCACGGGGAGCAGUAAUUUUGACCAAAAAAGAAUUAGGAAAAAAAAUUGAUAAAGCAGUUUUUCCCGGCAAUCAAGGGGGACCAAAUUUAGCCAUCAUUGCGGCCAAGGCCCAAUGCUUUUACGAAGUUUUACAACCCGCCUUUAAAGUCUACCAGAAAAAAGUAUUAGAAAAUGCCCAAAUUAUGGCUGACUAUUUUCAAAACCAAGGGGUUAAAGUAAUUAGCGGUGGCACGGAAACGCACUUAUUAUUAAUUGAUACCAAGAACAGUUAUAACCUAACUGGCAAAGCAGCGGCGGAAAAAUUAGAAAAAGCGGGAAUUAUUUGUAAUAAAAAUAUGCUUCCCUACGAUGAGGAAAAACCCUGA